UAUAACAAUCAUCAAUAUGUGCAUCGAUGAAAAGAAAGAUAGUAAUACAGAAUUAAUGUUUACAAUCGAAAACAACGUGCUGAAAGGAAGAGUGAUAUUGAAUGAUAAUGGAUAUACUAGCGUAGGGAAAUUAAUAUUCGACACUUUUAGAAGCAAACCAAACUUUAUUUGGCAGGUUGACGCGAUUUCAGGAAUCGAAGAUAAUUUUUCCGAUAUAUGCGAUCGGACAAUAAAAUGUGGACUUUGGAUGCAGAAACAUGGAGUGAGAAAAGGAGAUAUUGUCGCAAUCUGUACACACAAUCACCGCGAUUGUAUAAUUCCUUUUCUUGCUACACUCUAUCUAGGUGCCAUUGUCAAUCCAUGGGAUCAUCUAAUGAACAUUGAUAUGGCACGACAUUUUAUAACAUUAUCUCAACCAAAAGUAAUUUUCGUGAAUGAGGGAUCAGCGGAAAUCGCACUGGAAGCGGCGAAAAUUGAACUUCAUCAUACAAAACUGGUGUGUUUCGGCUAUUAUCCUGGCACAGUGCCUUUUUCAGAGACAUUGAAAUAUCAUGAUAAAUCAACUAUAGCUAAUUUUCAAUGUACUGAUAUUGACGAUCCCUCACAUACUGGUUUGAUCAUCUUUUCAUCUGGAACAACGGGUAUGCCUAAAGGCGUACAACUUUCACAUAAGUCAAUUUUGAAUAUUAUGGAACUAAGGGAAGGUUUUCCUUAUGGUAUUCAAGUACAAUUAUGGUUUACUCCUUUGUACUGGAUCAGUGGAUCGUUGCUUAAUCUCAAAAGUAUUUAUUUCCAUAUCAAAAAAAUAAGUGCACCAGAAUUCAAUGAGAAGAUUGCUUGCGAAAUAAUUGAAAAAUAUAAGAUUGAUUGGAUAAUGUUAAGUACCAGCAUGGCAAAUCGAUUUGUACGAUAUGAUUAUUUGCACGAUUAUGAUAUUUCCAAUUUAAAAUUUGCCAUUAUUGGUGGAUCUGCAUUAAAUGGAGAAACUCAAGAUAUAAUAAAAAAAUAUUUACCAAAUACUAUGAUUAUACAGGCAUACGGUAUGACAGAGUUAGGUGGUAUAAUUACUAUACAAUCAUCAAGUGCUACAAGUGGUUCUUGUGGCAUUGUGAUUCCAAAUUGCCAAAUAAAAAUUAUAGAUAUCGACACAAGAAAGACGCUUGAUCCGAAUCAAACUGGCGAACUAUGUGCAAAAACGUGGACAAUGAUGACAGGAUACCACAAAAAUCCUGAAGCUACUAAAGAUAUAUUUGAUAAAAAUGGAUGGUUACAUUCUGGUGAUUUAGCUUAUUAUAAUGAAAAUGGAGAAGUUUUUAUUGUAGAUAGACUAAAGGAAAUUAUUAAAUACAAAGGAUAUCAAAUAUCACCGAAUAAAAUAGAAACUCUUUUACAAUCACAUCCUGCAGUUUUAGAAGUGGGAGUAGUUGGCAUACCUCAUCCUAUUUAUGAUGAACUUCCUAUUGCUUUUAUCAGUAAAAUACCUAAUAAAGAAGUUUCUGAAGAAGAAUUGACGAAAAUGGUUGCUAAUAAUAUGAUGGAUAUCUACAAAUUACGUGGUGGUAUAAAAUUUUUACCAAGUUUACCACAUACUCCUUCGGGAAAAAUUUCAAGAAAAAAAUUGAGAGCGAUGGCAAAAGAGUUAACUAUCAAUUAAAU